AACAAAAAGCUGAUAGAUGACCUGACAUUGAACACUGCGGGCGAACAAUAUAUCUGGAAAACUAUUGUGAUAGACAUUUUGAUAUAUGUCGGUUUAAGAUUUCUACAAGGGAGUGUUGGUUUACUUUCUAAUAUACAGACUUAUUUAUGGAUUGACGUUGCACAGUUUACUACACGUAAAGUUUCUGUAGACAUGUUUGAUCAUCUUUUGGAUCUUUCGCUUAGAUUUCACAUUAAUCGUAAAACGGGUGAAAUUCUUCGCGCACAAAAGCGCGGCGUGGCUUCGAUAGUGUCCAUUCUAUCUUCAAUGCUUUUCCAAGUCGCUCCAACGUUGGCUGAUAUUGGAAUCGCUAUUGCUUAUUUCUCAGUUGCCUUUGAUAGAUUAUUCGGGAUAAUUGUAUUGGUUACCAUGUCUCUAUACAUAGUUGCUACCAUAAUUUUGACUGACUGGAGGACAACGUAUCGAAGACGUGCAAACCAGCUAGAAAAUCUCAUGGAAGCCAAGGCUGUCGACUCGCUCUUAAAUUAUGAAACCGUUAAAUAUUAUGCCGCGGAAGCAUUUGAAAGCGAACAAUAUGCAAAAGCCGUCGACGACUAUCAGGAGGCGGACAAGAAAUCCAACGCAACCACAUAUAUCCUCACUCUGGUGCAAAACAUCAUUAUCCAAGCAGGUCUUCUAGGGGGCGGUCUGCUUUGUGCUUAUCAAGUUACUCAAGGACAGAAAACCGUCGGCGACUUUGUAUUGUAUCUUGCAUACAUUCUCCAACUAUACCAACCAUUGAACGAUUUUGGCAGUUACUACAAAACAAUUCAAAAAGCCCUCGUGGAUAUGGAAAAGAUGUUGGAUUUAAUGCAUGAGCCGUUGGAAAUAAAAGAUCCACCAAGCGCUAAACUGUUGGAAAUGGAGAAGGGAGAAAUAGAGUUCCAAAAUGUUAGUUUCGCAUAUGAUGAGAGAAUCCCGAUCUUGAGAAAUGUGUCGUUUAGAGUACCAAGUGGACAUACAGUUGCUAUUGUUGGUCCAUCAGGAGGGGGCAAGUCAACUAUCUUGCGUUUACUAUUACGCUUUUAUGAUAUCCAAGAAGGUCGUAUACUAGUAGACGGAGUUGAUGUCAGAGAUGUUAAACAAUAUGAUCUGAGGAGUAAAAUUGGAGUUGUACCCCAGGAUACAGUCUUGUUUAAUAAUUCUAUUAGGUAUAAUAUAAGAUAUAGCAAAACCGAUGCAAGUGAUAAAGAAGUUGAGGCAGCCGCAACAGCAGCUCAAAUUCACGAAAAGAUUCUUGGAUUUCCUGAUGGUUACGAGACCAAAGUAGGAGAGAGAGGGUUAAGACUGAGUGGAGGAGAGAAGCAGCGUGUGGCGAUCGCUAGGACAUUGUUAAAGAAUCCUCAAAUUGUAUUACUUGAUGAAGCGACAUCGGCACUUGAUACCAGUACAGAAAGACAUAUACAGAAGUCACUACAGCAGAUGACUGCUAAUAGAACUACAUUAAUAAUCGCUCAUCGCCUCUCGACAAUCGUACAUGCUGAUCAGAUACUUGUGAUUAAACAAGGCAAGGUAGUGGAGCAAGGGUCGCAUGACGAACUUAUGCAAUCCGAAAAUGGCGUGUAUUUCAAGUUGUGGAAUAAACAGCUCAAAGAUAGACUGAAAAUAAAGUCGAGGAUUAAACGUGGUAGCCGUACACCCAGCGUGCGUAGUAGGAAGAGUAAUCGUCGUAGUAACGGUGCAGCUUCUGAUUCAAUCACUAUAAGAGUAGAAGAAGAUGUGACGCCUCAAAGAAUGUCAUCUUUAACUAUUCCAAUGAAUGAAUCGGUAGUAGGGAAAAAUGGCGCACCGCAGAGAAUGAGAGUAGAAGAUGAUAUGACGCCUCAAAGAAUGUCAUCUUUACCUAUUCCAAUGAAUGAAUCGGCAGUAGGGGAAAAUGGCGCACCGCAGAGAAUGAGAGUAGAAGAUGAUAUGACGCCUCAAAGAAU